UUCAAUCUCCAUUCCUAUUCUUAUUUACCAAUUAUUGCCAUUCUUCUACUUCCACACUUGAAGAUGCACGCUUCUUCACAAAUAACUUCAAAUCUGCUUCUUUUACCCACAUUGAUGAUGCCAUUGCUUCCUUUAAUCAUGUAAUUCAUAAGCAUCCUCUGCCUUCUAGGGUUCCAUUUAAUAGAUUCUUAUCUGCCCUUGCGAAAAUGAAACAAUACCACACUGUCCUUUCCAUGUCCAAAACAAUUGAAUUGUUAGGAAUCUCUCACGAUGUUUAUUCUCUUAACAUCUUAAUUAAUUGCUUCUGCCGUUUACAUCUUGUGUAUUUUGGUUUCUCUGUUUUUGGUAAGAUGCUCAAAUUGGGAUUGGAGCCUGACGUUGUGACAUUUACUACCUUAAUUAAUGGGCUUUGUAUAGAGAGUAAAAUCGACAAAGCAGUGGAAUUUUUCGAUGAUAUGGUUGCACGUGGUUAUCAACCUGAUGUUCGUACCUACAGUGUGAUAAUAAACGGAUUGUGUAAAUUUGGGAAAACAAAUGUGGCUAUUGGGCUACUAAAGGGAAUGGCUGAUAGAGGUUGUGAGCCAAAUGUUGUGACAUACAGUGCAAUCAUUGACGCCCUUUGCAAGGAUGAGCUAGUUGGUGAGGCUUUAGAGCUCUUCUCUCAAAUGAGGAAUAAGGGCAUUUCACCUAAUGUCAUCACUUACACUAGUUUAAUUCAUGGUGUUUGCAAAUUAGGCCAAAAGAACCAAGCUUUGGCCUUGAUGAAUGAAAUGGUGGAGCAAAACAUAUUACCAGAUGUUUAUACCUUCAGUGUAUUGAUUGAUGCUCUUUGUAGGGAUGGAAUGGUUUCAGAGGCUCAAAAUACAUUCAAUGUAAUGAUUCAAAGAGGUGUAGAGCCUGAUGUGGUCACCUACAGUUCCUUAAUUGAUGGUCUUUGCAUUUCAGACCAAUUCAAGGAAGCUUUGGCCUUGUUGAAAGAAAUGGUGGGGAGGAACAUAUCCCCUAAUGUUUUUACCUUCAAUAUAUUGAUUGACACUCUUUGUAAGAAAGGACUGGUUUCAAAUGCACAGAUUAUAAUCAAAAUAAUGAUUCAAAGCGGUGUGGAGCCUAAUGCUGUCAAUUAUAAUUCAUUGAUGGAUGGAUAUUGUCUUUGCAAGCAAAUUGAUAAGGCUAGAAAGCUAUUUGAUCUGAUGGUGACCAAUGAAAUAGCUGACAUAUUUAGCUACAGCAUUUUGAUCAAUGGAUAUUGUAAGUGCAAAAUGAUAGAUGAUGCAAAGGAUAUUUUUGUUGAAAUGUCUCAUAAAGGUUUAGUUCCUGAUGCUGUUACUUAUCAUACUCUUAUAAAGGGUAUGUUUCAAGCAGGAAGGCCCCAAAAUGCAAAAGAGCUCUUUAGGAAUAUGUGCUCUCAUGGUCAACAGCCAAAUAUAGUAACCUUCUCAAUUAUGAUUAAUGGCUUGUGUAGGCAGGGGAAUCUGGAUGAAGCACUUACCCUAUUGAAAGAAAUGGAGGAAAGUCAGUUGAAGCCUGAUCUUGUGACCUAUUGCAUUCUGAUCAAUGGUAUGUGCAAAGUUGGGAAGAUUAAUGAUGCCAAGGAACUUUUUUCUAGUCUUUUUGAAAUUGGUUUACAACCUGAUGUUUAUGUAUAUAAUGCAAUUAUGAAAGGACUCUGCCAACAAGGAUUAAUGGACGAAGCGUAUAAGAUUUUUAGAGACAUGGAAAAGGGAGGAUGUUUACCGAAUAAUUUUUCUUAUAAUAUCAUCAUUCAAGGGUUUCUCAGGCAUGAGAAUUUACCAAAAGCAUCAGAACUAAUCAACGAAAUGGUUGAUAAGGGGUUCUCUUCUGAUGAUGCUACCACAGAAUUGGAAUUUGGUCUGUGGGCUUGGAGAGGCCUUAAAGUUGAGGAGGUUUUAGGAUUGCAAGUAAAUGAGUCUAAGAGCUGUGUUUAUCUUGCAAGAGUGCUAGAGGAGAUGAAGCAACAAACUCAUACCAUUUCAGACCAUUUCAGGGAAGCUUUGGCCUUGUUGAAAGAAAUGGUGGGGAGGAACAUAUCCCCUAAUGUUUUUACCUUCAAUAUAUUGAUCGACACUCUUUCUAAUGUUGUCACUUAUAGUUCAUUGAUGGAUGGAUAUUGUCUGUGCAACCAUAUGGAUAAAGCUAAAAAGUUAUUUGAUCUAAUGGUGACCAAUGAAAUAGCUAACAUUUUUAGCUACACCAUUUUGAUCAAUGGAUAUUGUAAGUACAAAAUGAUAGAUGAUGCAAAGGAUAUUUUUGUUGAAAUGUCUCAUAAAGGUUUAGUUCCUGAUGUUGUUACUUAUUCUACUCUUAUAGAGGGUAUGUUUCAAGCAGGGAGGCCCCAAACUGCACAGGAGCUCUUUAAGGAUAUGUGCUCUCAUGGUCAACAGCCAAAUAUAGUAACCUUCUCAAUUAUGAUUAAUGGCUUGUGUAGUCAGGGGAAUCUCGAUGACGCACUCACCCUAUUGAAAAAAAUGGAGGAAAGUCAGUUAAAGCCUAAUCUUGUGACCUAUUGCAUUCUGAUCAAUGGUAUGUGCAAAGCUGGCAAGAUUAAUGAUGCCAAGGAACUGUUUUCUAGUCUUUUUGAAAAUGGUUUACAACCUGAUGUUUAUGUAUAUAGCGCAAUUAUGAAAGGACUCUGCCAAUAAGGAUUAAUGGAUGAAGCCUAUAAGGUAUUUAAAGACAUGGAAAAGGUAGGAUGUUUACCAAAUAAUUGUUGUUAUAAUAUCAUCAUUCAAGGGUUUCUCAAGCAUGAGGAUUUACCAAAAGCAUCAGAACUAAUCAACAAAAUGGUUGAUAAGGGGUUCUCUGCUGAUGUUGCUACCAUGGAAUUGGUAGUACAUUUAUCGCAGAAUAAUGAUCUCAUGGACUAG